AUGGACUUCGCGGAGCUGGAGGCCGUGGAGGGCCUCCGCUGGCCGUGGCACUCGUGGCCGCCGACGCCCUCCGCCGCGGAGGCGCUGGUCGUCCCCACGGCGGUGCUCUGCACGCCGCUCCACCCGACGGCGCCCGACCUGCUCCCGAUCCUCCCCUACCCGCCCCUCCGCUGCGCCUCCCCGGCCUGCGCCGCGGCCCUCAACCCCUUCUCCCGCGUCCACCACGCCUCCGCGCGCUGGUCCUGCUCCUUCUGCGGCUCCAAUGCCAACCCCUACCCGCGCCACAUCUCCCCCGAUUCGAUCCCCGCCGAGCUAUUCCCCACCCACUCCAGCGUCGAGUACACGCUUCCCCCGGACCCUGCCGAGGUGGGGGGUGGCGCCCCGCCCGCAAUCGUGUUCGUCGUGGACGCGGCCACCGCGGGGGACGAGCUCGCCGCGCUCAAGGCGGAGCUGCUCAGGGUCGUGCAGGGGCUGCCUGAGAGGGUCAGGGUGGCGCUCGUCACGUUCUCGGCGUCGGUGUGGGUGCACGAUCUCGGCUUUGAGGGCUGCGCCAGGGUGGUCGUGUUCAAUGGGGAGCGUGAGCUCGAGUCGGACAAGAUACAGCAACUUCUAGGUGUUCGACAUUCACGAUACAACAAGUUGGCUACACUGAAACCCACUGAAGCGCAGAGAUUUUUGUUGCCUGUUUCUGAAUGUGAAUUUAGCAUUACAUCUGCAAUAGAGGACCUGAGUUCUAUGUCUGCUUGCCCACGGGGGCAUCGCCCAUUAAGGGCUACUGGCGCUGCUAUUUCCACAGCUGUUGCUCUUCUGGAAAGUUGCUGCUCACCUUACACUGGUGGCCGAAUCAUGGUUUUUACAUCUGGUCCCACGACAGUGGGUCCAGGACUUGUGGUGGAAACCGAUCUCGGGAAGGCAAUUCGUUCGCAUCGUGACAUUUUCAAUGGCAAUGUGCCUCUUGUUGAAAAAGCCCAGGAUUUCUAUAAGAAGGUUGCCAAGAGAUUGACAGACAGUGCAUUAGUUCUUGAUCUUUUGGCUUGCUCUCUUGAUCAGAUUGGAGCUGCAGAGCUUAGGUAUCCAGUUGAAGUGUCUGGGGGCUUAAUGGUGCUUACAGAGUCAUUUGAGUCUGAACAGUUCAAAAGCUGUUUAAGGCAAACCUUCAAGCGUGAGGGUACUGAUUACCUUAACAUGAACUUUAAUGCAACGAUUGAGGUAGUGACAUCAAAGGAGGUCAAGAUUUGUGGUGCCCUUGGUCCUUGCAUCUCCCUUCACAGACAAAACAGCUCGGUUAGUCAUAAAGAAAUUGGUGAGGGUGGGACAAAUUAUUGGAGAAUGAGUACAUUGAACAGCAAAACCUGUAUUGCUUUCUUCUUCCGAGCUGAUUGUAGCCGUGAUACCGAUCCCCCAACUGUCUUCUUUAUUCAGUUCAUGACAAGAUACCGACAUGGUGAUGGUAGCAAUCGCCUAAGGGUAACGACUGUUGCGAGAAGAUGGGCUGGACCUCGAUCUCCAGAAAUUGCUGCAGGGUUUGAUCAGGAAGCUGCUGCAGCAGUUAUGGCCAGGCUUGCUGUUCACAGAGCAGAGACAUACCAUGUUAGAGAUGUAAUACGAUGGCUUGACAAGAUGCUUAUUCGCUUCACUGCUAAGUUCGGAAACUAUGUCCCUGAAGAUCCAUCUACAUUUCGCUUGUCCACUAAUUUCUCCCUGUAUCCGCAGUUCAUGUACUACCUGCGAAGGUCACAGUUCAUUGAUGUUGGCAACAGCUCUCCUGAUGAAACUGCUUUCUUCCGGUUGAUGUUGAAUAGGGAGGGAGUUGUGGGAUCCCUGAUCAUGAUCCAGCCAACUUUAUUCCAGUACUCAUUUGAUGGACCACCUAUCCCUGUGCUGCUAGAUGUCAGCUCCAUCUCUCCUGAUGUCAUUUUGCUAUUUGAUUCGUACUUCUAUAUAGUGAUUCAUUAUGGCUCGAAGAUUGCUCAGUGGAGGAAACUUGGCUAUCAUAAAGACCCAAAUCAUGAGAACUUACGGAAGCUGCUUGAAGCACCAGAAGUUGAUGCAGAGGCACUAUUGGCAGACCGUUUUCCAGUGCCAAAACUCAUAAAAUGUGAUCAGCAUGGGAGCCAGGCCAGGUUUUUACUAGCCCGAUUGAAUCCAUCUGUGACACAGAAAUCACAGCUUUCUGAAGGAUCUGAAGUCAUAUUCACCGACGAUGUUUGUCUGCAAGUUUUUAUUGAACACUUGCAGGAGUUGGCUGUUCAGGGUUAG